CGGUGACACUAGCUUAUAAAUGGAACUUCUCUCGAGGAUUAUAGUAUAUCAUAUUUCAAUUAGUCACAUGAUCACACUUGUUCAAGAUGGCGAUAUCAGCUGCAAGGGGACGGCUAAUAGCUGUCAUUGGCGAUGAGGACACCUGCACUGGUUUCGUGCUGGGCGGAAUCGGGGAGAUGAACAAACACAGACACCCCAACUUCCUGAUUGUUGACAAGAACACAAGUGUCACGGAGAUAGAAGAUGUGUUCCGGUCUUUCUUGAAACGAGAUGACAUCGCCAUCAUUCUCAUCAACCAAACUGUUGCUGAGAUGAUUCGUCAUGUGAUUGACUCUCACCUUGAACCCAUUCCUGCUGUGCUGGAGAUCCCCAGCAAGGACGCUCCCUACGAUGCUUCGAAAGAUUCCAUCUUGCGACGUGCCAAGGGCAUGUUCUCCGCUGAAGAUUUGCGGUAGAAGAUCUGACUCGAGUAGAGUGCUCAAUGUGAUGUAGGCUGGCCUACCCCCAGUCCCAUGACGUGGGGUCACCUCCGUGUCGAGGGAGACAGUCAAUAUAUUUUAGCAGAGGACAUAGUGUGCAGGAGGCAAACAACAAGAAUAAAUUUAAUAAAUAAUUCCUUGUGGCUCUGCAGCCAGAAAUUUGUUUCUGUUUCAUUUUUAUGACAAGUCCAGUCUGCAGAGUUUGUAGCUGGUCAUGCUUGAACAAGAAAACAAAUAGUUUCUAUGUUUACAUUUUUUUCCUGUUUUAUCUCAGUUCCAAUUUGUAGGAAAAUUUAAGCAUUGAGAACUGGUUAAGAAUUGUAGCCCUCAAAUGUUACAAGUUAAUCAGGACUGAGAGGAUUUUACUUGUGCUCAACGCAGCUUUUUAGUCUUCGGCUAGCGGACUAGCAUAAUUUCGAAAGAUGCUCUGUUAGUUUUCAGAUUAAACAUGUAAAAACAAAUUAGAUGAUAUUGACUCUUUAGUCAGUCAAUGUUUGAUGUUUAUGUUUGUUUAAACCUUAUCUGACUUAAAGAAUUUGUUUCCUUUGUGUUGUGAUUCUUGACAUUUAAUCUGCCUGUCUAGAACUGUCAAUAAACUGAACAUGUGUUUCUAGCACAAUGUUGAAAAUAAUGUAGACUGAAUCUCUCCCUGCACACAUACUUUGGUAUCGGGUAUUAUAUCGGGUAUUAUAUCAUUUCAGAAUCAUUCUUAGUAUUUCUUUUAAUACAUUUGAUAUUCAAAACUAGAUUGUAGAAAUUCUUCCCCAGUAUUAAUUUGUAAAUACUUUUCAAACUAUUUGUAAGUCUUGCAAAUCCUGGGUCUGAUUUUCUUUAAUCUAAGCUUAUGUGAAUUUUCAAUAUGGCUUUUCAUUUUGUACUGAUCCAAUCAUAAGCCAACAUUUCCUCUUUUUCUGGAAUUGUCAUGUGUCUUUGUGAGCUGUCAUCUGAUCUCUCAGGCCAAUGAACAAUAUCUGCUUUCAAAUUGUGCUUGUUUGUAGUCUUAAUUUCAUUUUACAUGAUUGAGUUGGUUAAUGGUAACUGUUACUACAACUGAUGUUUGUAUGUAUCGGUAGGUCAACCUAAACAUCACUAUCUAGUCACAACAUUUGGAUUGAAUGACUUGUGUGACAAGUACAAACAAGGGAGGUAACUCGUGCUUUCACGGAGCACACAAGGGAAGUAACUGUUGCACAUUGUUGCACUGAAACAUGAUUGGUUAUAAACAUAAAACCAGCCUGUCGAUGUUAGAUAUAUCUAUCACCCCAGACCAUACAUAUCUUUGUUGUUUACAGAUUGGAUUUACAUAAAAGGGUUGGCUGUUCUAUGGUGUAUAUGUUUCUUUGUAUUUGAAUAUGAAUAAAGACUGAAACUUUAGAUAAUAAAAUAGACCAUUAUGAA